UGAAAGGGCUAGAGGUUACAGCAGCAGCAGCAGGGAAAGGGGGAGAUGAGGCUUUUAACUCACAACAUGCUAUCUUCCAACAUCAAGGGCGUCGCGAACGGCUUCCCUCUCCGACUCGAAGCGGAGAAAUUCGUAGAGAAAGAGGUGGAUUUCAAUCCGGAUUUUCUCAAGAACAUGUUUCCCAAGAUCGAAUGGAAAGCCCUCGUCGAUGCGUCCCGCACCCUUGGAUACGCAGAGCUUCCCGACGACGCUGAUCCCUCGAUGCUUGCCUCCGAAGAUUUCCUUAGGAAAUUUCACCACGCGCUGCUCGAGCUCCACGUUGAGGAGGGAGCGCUCCUCUGCCCCGAGACCGGCAGAAGGUUCCCCGUCAAUAAGGGAAUCCCCAACAUGCUCCUCCACGAAGACGAGGUUUGAGGGUGAGAUUUAUAAUUUCGGUGUCGGUCGGAUCGUGGAUCUACGGCGAUUGUAUUUUUCUUUUUUCUUUCUUUUUCGGAUGGUUUUAGGGUUUCGAGGGGGAUUUUGGGAGAGGAAGUUGGAAUUAGGGUUUUUUUCCAGGUGAAAACUGAGAGGUUAGGGUUCUGGGUGUAAUACUGGAAUUAGGGUUUUGUUUUUUUUUU